AUGUCACAGGGGGGGGACGGGGUUGGUUCAUCAAAGGCUAGAGGACAAGACAAAGGAAAAGUUGUGGGAAAGGUUACCUCUACUCAAUUACCAUUUGUUACCACUGAAACCAGUUGUGAAAACAUCAAAAACAAUAUCGAAGGCUCCAAGUAUCGAUGUCGAUUUGCCCAAACUUCAAACCAACAAAGGGUUCAAUAUUGGUGGAUGAUCAAGCUCAACAACUACAAAACCUAUAACAACAUCAGCUCCCAAAGACAAAGGGAAGGGUGUAAAUUUGGAACCUUCAAAGGAAGAAUAGAAGAAAAUUUGGGAGUUAGAAGUGAGAAACUUAGACACUUGAAUAGCAUCAUGAGUCAAAGGGUGAAUGAUCCACUAAGACUUAACAAGGGUGAUCCAAAUAAAGUCUGGUGUUACAAAAUAAUAGAGACUAUUGUUCUUGAUGGUGUGGAUGAGUUUAUGAAAGGAAAAGAAGAGUUAUGUUAUUAA